GUUAUCCCGACUUGUGAGAUCCGUAAAGAGAAAAAGAGAAGAAGACAGUGGAAAUGGCAGCAAUGGCAAUGGCAGCGGCAGGGGUGGUGUUAGGCCACUCGUCCUCACUGUAUGAGGUUCGACCCAGAUGUGUUUCCAAGUCGAAGAAUAAGAAGCUGGAGACGGUGGAGUUGGGAUUUGUGACUUCCCAGUUGAGUGGCAUCAAAAUCUCAUUCCCUUCCACCGCAAUCCAUGCCGUCAAACCCAUCUCUGCUCCUUUCACACCUAUCGUCCAACCAGUUGCUCGUAGAAUUUGUCCUUUUACGGGGAAGAAAGCUAAUAGGGCAAACAGGGUAUCAUUCUCAAACCACAAAACUAAGAAGUUGCAGUUUGUUAACCUACAAUACAAAAGGGUCUGGUGGGAAGCCGGGAAGCGCUAUCUCAAACUUCGCUUAUCGACUAAGGCAUUAAAGACCAUUGAGAAAAAUGGCCUCGAUGCUGUUGCUAAGAAGGCAGGAAUCGAUUUGCGGAAAAAGUGAAGUCACCCACCCACUGUAAGUUUUGGCUCUCUACUGUAUUGGUUUAAUGUUUGACCUGCUUUUGCCGUUCGUUCAAA